GACACCACACACCGGCGAGCCUGGUUCAUAAAGACGCACAUUCAUAAUGUCUGCCCCGUGCAUGUGCUCUCACAAUUUCAUUCCUUGAGACUCAUCAUUUUUUAGAAAAAGGACGACUGCUAUUCAAAAUUGACGUUUGGUGAUAAUGAAGAAGUAAACCCACAUCCUGACCAUUCAUCUUCUAAAAACUGUUCCCAAAAAACUGAACCAAAAAUCUUUUUAAAAAACUUGCAGCUUUGCACAGUCACAUUUCCCUAAAGUGACUUUUUCACACACGCCUGGCCUUGCCCUUUCAGCCUGAUAACCAAAAAGACGUUCCACCCCUUGCACUUGUUUGCUUUAUCAAAUGCCCAAAAACAGCAAGGCCGUCAAGAGAGAGCUUGACGAGGAUGUCACAGAGUCUCACAAGGACCUGCUUUCCAACGAGGACGCCUGUGACGAUUCCUUCAAGAAGACCUCGCUGAUCGUCAACAACCAUGAAGGGGAUGGGAAAGAGUGCGAUGUGGAGGAAGGGGGCUCAGAUGGCGAGGAGGAGGAACGCCCAGCCUGGAACAACAAGCUCCAGUACAUCCUGGCCCAGGUUGGCUUCUCUGUAGGCCUGGGCAACGUCUGGAGGUUCCCCUACCUGUGUCAGAAGAACGGAGGGGGAGCGUACCUGGUGCCCUAUCUCAUCCUGCUGAUAUUGAUCGGCAUCCCGCUGUUCUUCUUGGAGCUUGCAGUGGGACAGCGCAUCCGCAGGGGCAGCAUAGGGGUGUGGAACUACAUCAGUCCUCGACUCGGGGGCAUCGGCUUUGCCAGCUGUGUGGUGUGCUUCUUUGUGGCUCUCUACUACAAUGUCAUCAUCAGCUGGAGCCUGUUCUAUUUCUCCCAGUCCUUCCAGCAGCCUCUGCCCUGGCAUGAGUGUCCUCUCGUCAAGAACAAGACCAGUACAUAUGUGCAGCCAGAGUGUGAGAAAAGUUCGGCGACCACCUACUACUGGUAUCGUGAAGCCCUUAACAUCUCUGACAGCAUCAGUGAGGGUGGAGGACUCAACUGGAAGAUGACACUGUGCCUGCUGGCUGCCUGGUCUAUGGUUUGCCUCGCCAUGAUCAAGGGAAUCCAGUCAUCUGGGAAGGUGAUGUACUUCAGCUCCCUGUUCCCGUACGUUGUGUUGUUCUGCUUCCUCGUGCGGUCUCUGCUCCUGGAGGGCUCCAUGGAUGGGAUCAGGCACAUGUUUACACCCAAGUUGGGGAUCAUGUUGGAGCCGAAGGUUUGGCGGGAAGCUGCCACACAGGUCUUCUUCGCCCUAGGCCUCGGCUUCGGCGGCGUCAUCGCCUUCUCCAGCUACAACAAGCGGGACAACAACUGCCACUUCGACGCCGUCUUGGUGUCUUUUAUCAACUUCUUCACCUCUGUGCUGGCCACCCUGGUGGUGUUUGCUGUUCUGGGCUUCAAAGCCAACAUCAUGAUCAGCAAGUGUGUCGCUCUGAACACUAACAGGAUUGUGACGUUGUUGGGCAAUGGCAUUGAAGAAACCCUGAUCCCCCAUCACAUCAACCUCACUCUUCCCAACCAGAUCAGCAAAGAGGACUACGCUGACAUGUUGGAUGUCAUCAAAAGGGUGAAGGAGGGCGACUUUCCCAAACUGGGACUGGAUGCCUGCAGCAUCGAGGACGAGCUCAAUAAGGCGGUGCAAGGCACAGGUCUGGCUUUUAUUGCCUUCACGGAGGCCAUGACCCACUUCCCAGCCUCACCCUUCUGGUCGGUCAUGUUCUUCCUCAUGCUGGUUAACCUCGGCCUGGGUAGCAUGUUCGGCACCAUAGAGGGCAUCCUCACUCCGCUGAUAGACACUUUCAAAGUCCGCAAGGAAUUUCUAACAGUGGGAUGCUGCGUGUUGGCCUUCUCCAUUGGUCUCCUGUUUGUCCAGCGCUCAGGGAACUACUAUGUGGCCAUGUUCGACGACUACUCAGCUACUUUGCCUCUGCUCAUAGUGGUUGUACUGGAGAAUGUGGCCGUAGCUUGGGUCUAUGGGAUUGAUAAAUUCUUUGAAGACCUGAAGGACAUGCUGGGCUUUACUCCAUUCCGUUUCUACUACUACAUGUGGAAGUACAUCACGCCCAUCCUGCUGCUGCUCCUCCUGGGCUCCAGCUUCGUCCAGCUGAUCAUGACGCCCCCCAGUUACAGUGCCUGGAUACAGGAAGAGGCCAAAGAGCAGCUUAUGCAUUUCCCUCCAUGGGGCAUCAUUAUGUGCAUCUCCCUGGUGGUGAUGGCCAUCAUGCCUGUGCCCGUAGUCUUCGGCCUGCGCUACUUCAACAUCAUUGACGAGAACACUAGCGGCCUUUCCACCGUCUCCUACAAGAAGGGCCGCAUCAUCAAGGAGAGCGCCCGGCCCGGGGAGGACGACGACACUAGCCUGAUCCACGGCAAGUCACCCAGCGAGGCGCCCUCGCCCAUGCCUGGGAACAGCAUCUACCGCAAGCAGAGCAACGGAGGCGGUCCUGAAGCUGACACUGCUCCCAACGGCCGUUACGGCAUUGGUUACCUGAUGGCCGACAUGCCGGACAUGCCCGAGUCGGACUUAUAGACUGACUGAAAAGUAAGCCCUGCCCGGCCGUACCGGCUGGCCUUCCCCUCUUCCACCCCCUCUGCGUGCGUUUAGUUGGCUGUUACAUCGAUGUAUAUUUCACUCGUACUGUAUAUUCCUUGUAGAUAUCGUAGCUGCUCUCUUAUUUGUCAUCUCUGAACCUUAGCUGACAGUCGACAGUAAAAAAAAAAAAAAGAAGAAAGUGUGGGAAUACCCGUCAUCCUCGUCUUACCCCUUGCUCAUUUGCUUGACUGUGUCCAAAACCCUCCCUCUACCUCCUUCACCCUCCAGUCUUUGCUCCUUCUUUUGUGCAGAUUAGAGAAAAGGGUGUAAGCAAUAAGGUGGAGGCACCACCAGGCCUACUUGAACAAACAUCUGCAAAGAGGAGAGCAAAACCAGAGGGUGAGGGAAUCAAGAGGCGGGGUUUGGGACUGUAACUGUGUCUGUGGGCAGUGUCAAUCAUGCCAGUCUCCAGUCCUGCUGUAAAAAUGGUAACUUGUGUAAUUUAUGACUAACCUAACUGCUGGCCAACAAGUACUAAGAUCAUUAGCAGUGUAGCCACUCCGGAUAGUGUAAGGAAGCAAGAUUUCAGGUCAACUGAGUGCAAACAGAAGACGACCUUUGAAAAGCACUCCCAUGAUUGUCUGCGAUUAAAGUGUGCCUAAGUAGUUUAUAUUUGUUUAUAGAAUACAUGACAGACGUUGUAUAUUUAAGGUAUUCUGUAAAUACAAUAUAAAUAUUAUAAAUAUAUUUAUCUUGAUAGUUUGGAUAUCAGAACACCAUGUUUUUAAGGUUCAGAGGUACUGCAAACCCUUAACUCUUGUGUCUUUGUUUUUUACUAAUGUGCUGUCAACGUUUGUGAGGACUGAGUCCUCCGUGUAAAUAUAUUUUCCAUGAGAUGGCUUCAGAUGCAAUGUCUUUUUUUCCCGCCAGAUUAAAGAUCAAAUACGAUCCAGAACCUGAAAA